ACCGAACGAUGACCGCCGUCCACCAUAAAGGCGUAGCUGUCGGGACGGGAACGGGGCGCAGGAAAACUCAUCUACGUCGCGACGCGGGUCCCACAGAAGGGUUGUUAUCACAGGCAAGUGAGAGCUCACUUUCCCUGUGCCCUACCUGGACUGAGACAGCUGAGCCGCACGCCCUGGUCCACCGUUGCCUCCCGUGCAUAUAAGAAGGGAAAGGAGGGCGUCGAAGGCAGCCGAGAGGCGACACUCGACAGAGGACGGAAGCGGCGAGACAUGCAGCCCGCUUCGCUCCUCCACAUCCUCCUCCUGAUCUCUCACCUUGCUUCGGCGGUCCCGGUCGAUCUCCACUCCCACGGGUGCUUCUGGACUGAAUCAUGUCAAAGCAAAUGGGUGGGUGGAUGCAGUGCAGGGCUUGUGGUAGUUGAUCGGUCAGAUAAUUGCAAUGGUCUCUGUGGAGAAUCGAAAUUUCCACCAUGCCUUCCCUUUCAUACACAUUUUCAUUGUUGUAAACCAGAGAACCCAAGGUUAACCAACAAGUGCACAAUAUGCAAGAACAAGUUAGACUUUGGUGACGAGUACAUAUGUUGCACUGACUGCUCGGAUCCUUACCUCAUAGAAAAGAAUAGAAAAUUGGGCUACUGUAAGACUGGUGCAGUGCUGGCAGUGCAACUAAAGCCACAAGAAGUUUUCAAGUGGGUUGCUGGGCCAUGGAUGAAGUGUUCUUCUCCCUGUGAUGGUGGAGUUCGUUAUAGAGAUGUUGGUUGCUACGGAAGCACUGAUGAUCCAUCCAUCAAGCGCUACCCUGUGGAUGACAGUAGGUGUUCAGAUCAAGAAAUGCCCCUUAGGCAGGAGCCUUGUAAUCUGCAAAGCUGUGGAGAUUUGAGCAUCAGUGAAUCAAGUGACAAGCCAAGCGGGAUGUCUGGGUGGUUAGUUGCUUUGCUUGUUAUUCUUGGGCUUGUGGCUGUCGGUGGGGUUGGUUUUGCGGGCUACAUUUGUUACAAGAGGAAAACCUCGGCACCAAGUGGCUUUGUGUAUAUUAUGCUGGAAGGGUAUUCUUGAGAUAUCGCUUUCUUCGGAGUCAUCCUUGAGCUGAUAAUUCAUUUGUGUAUAUUAUGCGAAAGGUUUGCGUGUGGAAACUGUGGUGUCAAACCGGAGCAGCCCUCUCAGCCAGCUCCAUCUUCCCAUGGAUCCUACAAGCCGCAAGAAGCGAACCCCAUAUCAGAUUGUUUGCUGUCAUAGGCAUCUUCUCGAUGAGAUCAAUCGCUUCCUCUAUGAACCCGGCUCUGCCAAGUAAGUCUACCAAGCACCCAUAGUGUUCGACUCCAGGAACAAUACCAUAUGACCGAGCCAUUAAAUUGAAAUAGGCAAGCCCCUCCUUCACCAACCCUGAAUGCCCACAUGCACCAAUAACAGCCAUGAGAGUUACGCCGUCAGGUCUCACAUCUCUGAGUUCAUGCAUUUGAUCGAAGAGGCCUAUAGCUUCUCUUCCACGUCCAUUAGCCGCAAGACCCCCAAUCAUUGCAUUCCAUGUGUGGGCAUCUUUGCAGCGCAUUUCGUGAAAUAUUUGCAAUGCAAUGUCAAUGCAGCCACAUUUGGCGUACAUAUCCACGAGUGCAUUCUGCAGACAAGUAUCCUUCCUUACCUCAUUUUCCUCGAUAUAAGCAUGAAUGCGUCUGCCCCAGUCCAGAGCUCCAAGCUGCGAACAAGCAGACAACAGACUGACCAAUGUGACCUCAUUUGCUUUUACUCGUGAAAGCCGCAUCUCUUCGAAAUGGCUCAAUGCUUUUUUGUAGCAGUUUCCUUGCACGUAACCAGAUAUCAGAGCUGUCCACGAGAAUACAUCCCGCACAAGCAUGUUAUGGAAGAUGGCCUCGGCCUCAGCCAGGUCUCCACUCUUGGCAUACAUGUUGAUCAAGGCAUUUCCAAGAAAGACGUCACAGGCCUCGUGUAGCUGCACGUCAUCUCUUGGAACAGACUCAAAGCUUCUCUGCAAUGUCCACUCCGGACGAAGCCGCCCAUCAGGGCAUUCCAUGUUGCGGUAUUUCUAGCGGGCAUUUUCUCGAAUGCAUCCAUGGCAUUUAUCGUGUCUCCGCACUUUGCAUACAUGCUCACCACGGAGUUGCCGACAGCCAAGUCACUCUCCCAUCCGUGCUCCAAGAUUCUCGAGUGAAGCCGACGACCCCUCUCGAGGGCUCGCGACUGGCCGCACGCCGAGAGCAGGCUCAUUACGGUGACCUUGUUCGGCUCGACGCCGACCUUUCUCAUCUCAUCAAACAACCGGAAACCUUCAUCCAGCUGAUUCAGUUGCAGGUAACCAGAGAUCAUCGACGUCCACGACACCACGUCCUUGUGCGGCAUUUCAUCGAACAUCUGCCUCGCGACAUCAACCUUUCCGCAGCCAUUAUAGAAGUUGAUGAUUCCCGACGUUACGAACAUGUCCGAAUCGAAGCCGCAUUUCAUGACCAGCCCGUGCACCGCGCUUCCGGUGGGAAGAUUGUUGAGCUGCGCACAGGCUCUCGCUGUGGCAGCAUAGGUGUAGGUGUCGGGCGAGGAGCCUCCGCAAGCCAGCAGCAACUUGAAAGUGGACAGCGCAUCCCUGGGAGCACGCUGAUGCGUGUAACCCCUGAUCAUGGAGUUCCACAUGAAGAGAUUAGGAUGGAGAAUCUGGUCGAACACGCGACGGGCGUAGACCGUGCUGAAGAGGGCAGAGGGAGACGUGAGGAGCGCAAUGAUUCGGCUGACGGCGAAGGUGUCUUGUACGAGGCGAGUGCGGAUCAUUCGGGCGUGGAUUUGAGCGAGCUGCUGCUUCGAGGAGCAGCUCUGGAGGAGGAGCAGGAUGAUGCUUCGAUGGUCUCGAGAGAUCCAUGGCUCGUAGGUUGCGGGAAAUCGCUUGGGUUCGAAGCAGAGAUGGCGCAUGUGACGUCGGUGCAGUAAUUGAAUUGUGUUAUUCACUUUAAUGAUUUUUUAUGCAUCGCCGUCCGCUUAUACAGACAUCAAAAGCCUAUGCUAAUUGAUGGUCAGAUAUAUGAAAUAAUUAUAAUAAAAAAUAUAUAAUUAAUCUUUUAUGAUA